GGACGGAAGCGGGUGCAGAACAAAAAGAAAAGUUUGACCUGAAGGCUAACGGUGCUGCUGCAGGGGAGAGAUUUAUUUAUUUAUAACCUUUUUAAAAACUAAACAACUCGAACGUUAUAACAGGCUAUAAAAUAAGCGUUUGUGAUUAUUUUUAUGCUCAGUUUGCCUGAGAAGAAGAAAGAUCUGUCGGAUUGUUAAUAGAGUUGAGAAAGUUGUGUGAGAAUGGAGGAGCUGCUCAUCACCUCACACUCACGACUUCAGGGUGAACUCUAAACUCGGGUGAGGUCGCUCAGGUGUUCUCAGGCUUCAUCAUGCACAGCGACUCUGACGACACCGUUGUCGUUUCCGGACCCGUUCUGCAACGCCUGAUGCAGGAAAACCUGCACCAUGAAAGUGGAGCCAGUCCAGAGAGCCAAGCCAUGGCGUCACUUAUCAAUCCCUCCUCAGUGGAGACUCUGUUCCCAGAGACGCAGCCCCGUCAGGAGCCGCAGGGUCAGGAGCACCAGGUGGACAGCAGCUCUAUGGAAAAGAACUCUAAAGGAACACAAAACACAACAGCAAGCAUCCAGGUGACUCUCGCUCUCCCUGAUCUUGGAGCAUUAGAACUUCCGUCGUAUGAGGAGGCUAAAUCCCAGUCUCAGCUUUACAGGGGACAGAACGAAGAGCAGACCGUGUCCCAUACACACACACAUGUUCUGAACAUGGGGAACACGCUCACAAAUCCAGGUCAUUCAUACACAAGUCUAAAGAACACUAGCCAGGUUCUCAACAAUCCAAAUCAAUGCCAGAACCCACAGAUCAGUUUACAGGUGAACCCACACGUCCCCAGCAGCACCAGCUCCUGUUCUUCAUCUCUCUCCUCUGCUCCCUCACUUUCCUCCUUUGCUCAAGCUGAAGGUCAUUCAUGGCUCCAGCGAGGGUUCUCGGGAGUGGACGAAGGUUUAGCCGGGCUCGAACAGGGCCAUGUCCGCUCCCUCAGCGAGCGCAUCAUGCAACUCAGUUUGGAAAGAAACGGAGCCAAGCAGCCCAGAGAGACGUCACCUAACAGAGAAGAACGAACAGCGACAUCUCCUUCGUCGUCCAGCAAAUACGCCGCUCCUUCAUCACAUAAAGGUUCCUUAGAAUCUCGAGGUCCUCCUCCUGAAUAUCCUUACAGAGCCAAAGUUCAACCAGCAUACCCGUCCAGUACCAGUCCUGCUCCAGAACCAACACCACUCUCCAUCGAAUCUCCUCUGGCACAGAUUUCCAGUGUAAUGACACCUGUUGCACCACAGAUCGGAUCGUGUACACGUUUGCCCCCACAGGGGCAGAUCGUACCUGCUGAGGCGUUCUCCAUGAUGAGUCAUGCCCAGCACAUGAUGGCUUUUCUCAGUGAUGAAAACCAAAGACUCAGACAGGAGCUGCUGAACCAGACUGAAAAAAACAGCAAACUGCAACGGUUGGAAGUCGAAGUCCUGCGUCUCUCAGACGCCUAUGAGAAUCUGGUAAGAAGCUCAUCCAAGCGUGAGACUCUGGACAAAACCAUGCGGAUAAAACUGGAAGGGGAAAUCAGGCGCCUGCACGACUUCAAUCGAGACCUAAGAGAUUGUUUGGAAACAGCCAAUCGCAAACUGGCACACCAGGACACAGAAGGGCAGGAGGACGGCCAGAUUUACCUCUCAGAGAGGAGAGAGAGUCUAAAGAGGCUGGAGACAGAGGCAGAGUCUCUUCGUUCAGCCAAUGAAGAUCAGCGACGCCAUAUAGAGAUUUUAGAACAGGCCCUGAACAACGCUCAGAGCAAAGUGGUCAGACUGGAGGAAGAGCUGGGGAGAAAGUGUGUUUACGUGGAGCGUGUGGAGCGUCUGCAGCAGGCUCUGGCACAGCUUCAGGGAGCAUGUGAGAAACGAGAACAGCUGGAGAAACGCCUGAGGACACGACUAGAGCGAGAGCUGGAGACACUGAGAUCACAACAGCGUGCUGGCGUAGGUGUGGGUGAGUCCAGCGCUCCGGCCCUGCUGGAUCUGCUGAGGGAGAGAGAAGAGAGGAUUCUGGGAUUGGAGGCAGACAGGAUGCGCUGGGAACAGAAAUACUUAGAGGAGAGCGCAAUGAGGCAGUUUGCCAUGGAGGCAGCGGCAACGGCGGCUGCACAGAGAAUGUUUGUGUGUGUGUGUGUGUGUGUGUGUGUGUGUGUGUGUGUGUGUGUGUGUGUGUGUGUUGUGUGUGUCUGCAGGGACACAACCAUUAUGCAACAUUCUCGCAGUGGCAGUUAUAGUGACACGUGUCUGUGGCCUCAUGAGGGAGACGAUAAAACAUACAACCGCCACUGUCAGGACAUCGAGACCAGGAUGAAAGAUCUUCAUGCUCAGCUGUUGGAGAAGAUUGCGAUGAUUAAAGUUUUGCAGCACCGUUCACGUAGAGACUCCGCCCCUCUGCGCCCCGCCCGCUCAGUCCCCUCCAUCGCUGUUGGGACGAGCAUGCACUCCCGCCAAGCAUCACAGACUGAAAAUGUGCUGCUGGGAAAAGAGAAUGUCAACCACCUUCCUCCAACAGUGCCCUCCUUCUCAGCCUCGCUGUCAUCCCUCGUUCCAUCUCUUUCCUCCUCUCUUCCUCCCUCCUUAACUCCUCUGUCCAUUUCUGCCCUUCCACUCCCAUCGAUAAUGUCCUCUUCCUCUCUUCCUUAUAAAUCCACACCUUCUUCGCUCCUCUUGUCCUCCUCAGCCACUCUUCCCCUUUCCUGCACGCUCUCUCACUCUCUUCCUCCACUGCCCCCCACUGUCUCUUCUUCUCUUCCUUCCACUCCUCUUCUGUCCCUUCAUUCUAAAUCAGCCAGCAGAGACAGCAGCACGCAAACAGGAAGGAAUCUGGAGAAUGUCAGAGCCACGCCCCCUACAGGACGAGGGAGAACAGCGAGGAUGGACUACCCUUCCACUCAAGUGAAGUCUUCUGAGAGUCGAGUCUCCCACACGGCGGGGCAGAAGAUCAGACCACCUGACUCGGACCUGGUGGAGAUUUUGAUCUAACAUCCAUCUACAUAUAGAACACAGUCUCAACACUGAAGCAGAGAGAGAGAGAGAGAGAGAUAGGAUGAGAGACAGACAGACAAGAUGAGAGACAGACAGACAGACAGAGAGAGAUAAACCGUUAGAGAGAGACAGACAGGAUGAAAGACAGACAGACAAACAGGAUAAGAGACAAGCACACAUACAGAGACGGACUCUCGGCUCGGCUGCACCAGCUGUGUAUACUUUAGCUCUUCCUGUAGAAAGGUUUGUACAGAUUUACCUUCUAUCACAAUUUUAUCUACAAUCAAAAUAAUCUGAAUACAGGUGUUGCACUUAUCCUGAAAACGAUCUGCUCUAGUUUUCAGACACGGUUCUCACUAUCAUACUUUAUUUCUUGAGUUUAAAAUAAACGUGGGCUGUUCCCGGUCUGCAGUGGUUAGUAUGUAUGUAACUGUGAGUGUACACACUGGUGGAAUCCUUACACUGAGGUUGUGAGAUCAGGGUUCGAGCUCUAUGUUCAGCGUAUCUGUCAUUAGUACAUUUUUCACACAUGCAUGAUUUACAAUUAAGUCUGUUCAUAUCAGUUAGACCAACAAGGAAGUGUGUGUGUGUGUUUUUUUUAAGUAAGGGUUAUGGAGCAGGUGGUGCAGCUGUGUCUGAGUCACUCUGACUGACAGACACAAAGUGUUCCUAAUGAAGCAGAGAAAAGGAAAGUUCAGAGCAGAGAACAGGUCCAUGAGGUGAGUGAGUUAAAUGCAGUGUAUAAAAGUGUGUGAACCUGAUGGGGGGAAAAAAAGCAAGUGUGUGUGUGUGUGUGUGUGUGUGUGUGUGUGUGUGUGUCUCUCCUACACAUUUAUCUGUAAAAAAUUCACAUUUUUUUUUUCAUUAUUUUAUUGAGUUUUAUUUCUGUCCAUAAACAUUUGGAGGUGUUUUUAAUGAUCAUGUAAUCUCAUACUGAAGCUCUGAGAUGGUGGUGUGUGCAGUUCUUUAUGUGUUCUCUGGCAAAUGUCACGCAAUAAAAACAUGCCUUAAUGCUUUUGCGCGCGCGCGCGCGCGCACACACACACGCACACGCACACACACACACACACACACACACAUUCGUUUUCUGUACACCUUCACACUCCUUUUGUGUGUUACUGCCACCUUCUGGCCACAUUAAUAAUAAUUAUAAUAAUAUAUUGAUUCGUUAAUUAAAACACAUUAAGGCUACAAUUAUCUACUUUGAUUUUAAAUAUAUAAUAAAUAAAAUGUUAUUUGUAAAUGUUUAGGUCCGAAUUGUGUUCACUUUUAUUUAAUUGAAUAUUUUAUUAUGGCCAGAUUUUUAUUCUGUAUAAAGAUUUAGCUUUAUGAUUAAAUUCUAUGAAAUAUUUUACACCUAAAUAAGAUGUAAAUGUGACUCUUUCAGGUCAUGUUCAGAGUAAUAUAACAAGUUCUAUAUAAUAAACAAAUAUAACUUUAAAAACCAUAA